AUGAACCGCAAACAACCCACCCAAAAAACCACCCUCCUCCUCUUAAGCGACACCCACACCCUCACCCCGCAACCCCCAACAUCCUCACCCUCACCAGCCUCCUCCCCCUCCUCACGAGACCAAGAUUCCUCCCCCCCACCCCCGGCCUUCCUCGACCCCUUACCGGCCGCCGAAAUCCUCAUCCACGCCGGCGACCUGACCAAAGUCUCCCGGCGCCACGAACACCUCACCACCCUGUCGUACCUGAAAUCCCAUCCGGCCUACCUGAAACUCAUCAUCCCGGGCAACCACGACAUCACCUUCGACGCGCCCUACUACGAAUCGCUGGGCCACCACCGCCACCGCAACCGGACGGACCACACGGCGCCAUCCGCGACGGCGUCCGCGACGAAUAUCAGUUCGGGGAAGGCGGAGCCGGGCCAGCUGGAGGACCCUGAGGAGAUUCGUCGGUUGUAUACCGGUCCGGAGGCGUGGGAUGCUGGGAUCCGGUUGUUGGGGGAGGGGGUGCAUGAGUUUGAGUUACCGGGGCAAAAGAAGAGACGGCUGAAGGUGUAUGCGUCGAGUUGGACGCCAGAGUUCUGUCAGUGGGCGUUUGGGUAUGAGCGCGGCGUGGAUCGGUUUAAUCCGCCUGCUGCUUCAUCGUCUGGGACUGUCGAGGGGAAAGAGGUUAAGAUGAAGGAGGAUGGGCAGGCGAAUGGUGGGGUGGAUGGGGUGGAAGAAGAGAAUCCGGCCAUUGGGACGCGGACGGAGGAGCAUCAUCACCACCACCACCAUACAAAUGGCUAUGCCCACCACAACGAAUCCCAGAACCACAACCACCAAGACCCCCAACCCAACGAAACCACCGCCGAGACGCGCGAACGCACCCGCACGCACGGCAGCACCGGCUCGCGCGGCGAGGGCGCGCGCGGCGCCAUCGCCGCCAACUCCGGACGCGGCGGGUUCGUCGCCCCCGCGCCGAUCCCCGAUUCUCCGGAGGGUAUCGACAUCGUGAUCACCCACGGCCCGCCCUACGGGAUCCUGGACCAGGUCGUGCCCAACCAUGUGAGCGUCGGGUGCGAGCACCUGUACCGCGCGGUGAAGCGGGCGCGCCCCCGGCUGCACGUCUUCGGCCACAUCCACGAGGGGUACGGGGCCAUGCGCCGCGAGUGGAGCACGGGCAACGACUCGAUCAUCCAGUGCGACCAGCCGCGCACGCGCGAGGAGCACUGCGCCCGCGUCGACGUCAGCAAGACCAGCAUGAUGCCCUUGAACCCGGGCCAGGAGACCCUGUUCGUCAACGCCAGUGUCGUCAACGUGCAGUAUCAUCCCAUCAAUGCGCCGUGGUUGGUGGAGAUGGAGUUGCCGGUUGUCGAAGGGGAAUCAGGGUAA